UGGUAUUAUUUUGUUAUUUCAAAUUUGAAUCAUCGAGUUCCUAGAUAACCUCUAUCUCAAUACUCACAAAACAUGUUCUUACAAUCUCCAAUGCUUUCCCCACGCCCCACACAUCCAAAAGACGGGCCGCGCAAUCUGCCCGAAAGCUUGAUUUCUGUCCUCUGGGACUAAUCCCUCCACUCUUCAACAUGCCGGCAUUAGGAUAUCGCACUUGGAGUCUUGGAUCUGGCUACAUGUGCUAUCAUGACAGGGUACUGUGUAAUCUCCAUGGAUAUUUAGGGUUCUACGUCAGCUCAUGUACGAGGGAAAUAAGAUAAGAAAAAGUAAGUGGAUUGAUUGUUGGUAGGAAAGAGAAGGGAGAGUAUAAGUAUUGUAUUUCUCUCCAAAUGCCCUUUCUCCUUCGCCCAUACUCUUUCUCUCUUAGCUUAAGGUUAUCUAUAUUCUGAUAUCUGUAAACCUGACUCUACUCUUCUCCUACAAUGGCAACCAUCUAUGAUGAACCCACUGGCUGCAACUGCGAUAAUGAGUCAACCUAUGAUCAAUCAGCCAUAGACGCAGCAUGCAAACAAGCAUUACUGCUCGCAUCUGAAAAGAAAACAGUUGGGAAGGAUAAAUAUCCUCAUGCUUACAAUGACUACGAAAAGUUCACGUUCAUUCCCGCCGCCAAAAAGCCUUACCUCGAAUUCCCUAUUCUCUCCAACGGUGCAACAUAUACUGGCUCGGAUCCCACUUCUCCAGGUGCAGAUCGCAUCGUUAUUGGAAGCAUUGCUACGGAUUAUAAAUCUGCCGUUUUCUGUGCUGUGAUCACACAUGAUGGAAGUACUAAGAAUGGGUUUACUGAGUGUACGAAUACGGGAGAUAGUGGUGAGGGAGCUUAUGAAAGGAAAGACAGGGGAGAAGAGGGGAAAGAGGGAAGGGAAUUAUUGGAGAGAAUUGAUUUGUAGCUUCAAGGAGGAUCUGGACGGGUGUGAUAUCGGAGGUCCGAAUGAUAAUUGUUAUACGGGUAGAUCUAUGAGAAGCUUACGGUGAUACGAGGAUGAAAGCAAUUGAUGUAAACUUCAUUUCAUUGCUGCAUAUCUCGAAAUUCGAACUCAUCAAAAUAAGCCCGAGCGACGAAUUCAAAUAUCAAAAACUACAUUUAUAUCUCAUCUAUUCUAAUCCCACAUAUGGCCCGCACUGGAGGGUAAAUAAUAAUCAGCAAAUUCGCGACCUAUAUCUCAUUUCCAUCUUCAAAUCUUUUAUGUCUGUUCUACCCGUCCCUUUUCAUACCCACAUUUCCCAUAUAAUACAUCACGUCUCACAAGUAAGACCCAAUUUUCGCUCCCUGAACGAAAAUUCACAAAAGCAAACUCAAUCCUUCAUAAAUAUACAUCCAUACAAACCAAUCCCUCAAAUUAAAGAUUAUUCCCGCCCCCAUUAACUCUGACCGAAUAUCUCCAAUCCUGGUUUCCUUCUCCCAACCCGCUUCCCAGAUUCGGACCUGUCAAUCCACUCCUUUCUCUAUCUCGCAUGCGAUCUCGCUUACGUAUCCAAUCUAUCGAGUCGCCGAAAUCUACUAUAUCUUCAUGAGGCCCUUCUUCGACCGUCGUUGCAUUUGAAGUUGGGUGAGCGGGGGUUUUGGGUUGUGGUGCGGGAGAAAAUGGGAAGGAAAAGGAAGAGAGUUGGGGUUGAUCGGUAAAGGGAUUUUGUAGUGUGGAUUGAGAUGCGGUUGAAGAUGAUGAAGGAGUCUGAGAAAUGGAACUACUAGCGCGAGUUCGGGUACCAGUGAGACUGCGCAUGGUAUUCCAUGUUAAGAUUCUCUGUACUCCCGUUCCCGCAGUAGUUUUGCCGUCGUAGGAAGGUGAUUCGUUAACUUGUGACAUGUUGCCUCCCGCUCCACCAC